UGAGAGAUGUAGCAAGGGAGGAGCAGCCCAACAGUAGGGGAGUUGGGUGGAACGAAUAGUUAGCAGGUCUUUUAUACUAAACCUCUAUUUCACGGAGAAGUGAAGAACGGAACGAGAGGUUGGAUGAGCGGCGCGAAGAGUUCUGCAGGGAUGGCGGCAGUGUUACCCAGGACCCUUGGGGAGCUCCAGCUCUACAGGAUCCUCCAGAGGGCCAACCUGCUGUCUUACUACGGGGCCUUCAUCCAGCAGGGCGGCGACGACGUGCAGCAGCUGUGUGAGGCGGCAGAGGAGGAGUUUCUAGAGAUCAUGGCCCUGGUGGGCAUGGCCAGCAAGCCCCUCCAUGUUAGGAGGCUCCAGAAGGGCCUUCGAGACUGGGUCACCAACCCGGCCCUGUUCAACCAGCCCCUGGCCUCUCUCCCUGUCUGCAGCAUCCCCGUCUACAAGCUGGAAGCUAACGGUAAUUCUAACGCUAGCGCCCACGUCACGGUGCGCACGCUGCUGGCGGCGGAAUGUGUGGGGGAGCCCAUGAGGGGUGCGGCGGCGUCAGGGGUGGGGGGCGAGGGACGAGGAUGUUCGGCCUCUGGGUCUCCAGUGCAGAGUGGCAGCGAACCUCGUUUCUGGGGCUCCUUGUCCUCUCACGGCGGCGGGGGAGGGGGAGCGGAGAGCGAGCAAAGCCUGUCCCCUGCAGAGUUGACCCUGGGUCUGGGUUCUCCCUCGCCCUCGUCCCCCCGCGGCGAGGAGGUACUAGAUGCCGCAGCGUUGAAGUCGCUGGCAGAGUGCGUGGAGCGGCUGGCCCAGGCACUGCCCCGGAGCGAUCCGUCCAAGGUGAAGGAGGGGCUGCGGGGCAACAAGAAGCUGUCCAAGGUGAUAUGCCACAUCCUGGACAUGGAGGAGGAGGACCCGAGGAGAGCAGAAGAGAUACGCAAGUACAGCGCCAUCUAUGGACGCUUUGACUCCAAGAGGAAGGACGGCAAGCACUUCACGCUUCACGAGCUGACAGUGAAUGAGGCAGCAGCUCAGUUGUGUAUGAAGGAGGUGUCCCUGCUGACCAGGAGAGAUGAGUUGUUUGGUCUGGCUAGACAGGUCUCUCGGGAGGUCACCUACAAGUACACCUACAGGACUAGCAAGUCUCGAUGUUGUGACAGAGAUGAUCCUUCUCCCAAGAUGAUCAAAACAGAGGAGGGCUUCUUAGACCUCCAGGAAGCCCUGCAGGCCAUCCACAUGAGAAGGGAGGCCCUGAGAGAGCAGCUGGCCACAGCCAAGUCUAAAGGAGAGGAUACUAUGGGGCGCAGCAUCCAGCUGCAGCUGGAGUGUCUGCUGGCCAGACAGAUGGAGAUCCAUCACGAAGCCCAGGCCCAGGACAGACUGCAGGCCCAGGACAGACUGCAGGCCCAGGACAGACUGCAGGCCCAGGACAGACUGCAGGCCCAGGACAGACUGCAGACCCAGGACAGACUGCAGGCCCUGGAGUGGAAGGUCCCUCUGGGGGCCUUCAGGUUGAGACACAACACUAACCCAGAGCACUGUCACCAUGUCAACGGAGUCUCCACUGACAGCACCAGUCUACCACCAGGGGAGAGGCCACUGAACCUGCAGGUGGCGGGUCAAAGGUCGAAUGGAGAUAUACCCCUGGGGAAACAACUAGCCAAUGAGCUGAAGAGGCAUCACGGCAACAGGGAGGGAAAGACCCCGCCGACGAGUCACCAUGGCAAUGUCAAGUGCAAAACUCUGACCAUAGAAAAUGGGAACGGGACUGACUUCGAAGGGGCUCUCAGCCUUUCUGACAAGAAGACCAUCAAAUCAUAGCCAGAGGAUUCCAGAUAGCACCUCUUCUCCUCCUUAUCUUCCUCCUUGCGCAUCCCUCUUUCACAACACAGUCGUCGUUGGUCAAUACUAAACAAGCACAGCUGCAUUAGAGCCUUAACAACCAAUGUUGCCUCAAGAUAAGGGAUUUUACAUUUAGUUUCUUUUUUGCCAAACCACCUAGAGAGCCUUUAUUUCUCUACUCGUAGAAGCCCAUUGUUUUGUGUUUUCACUGACUGUGUUGAUUCCCCCUCCCUUCCCUACUCUAUCGUUCUCCUUUCUUACUUUCAAGACUGACGGCGAGGGGUCUGUAGAUGUCGCAUUUGUACAUACAGAAUUCUGACUCUGAAAAGUGUUUAUUUGUCGUUGUUGUCAUUUAAAUAUGUGCUGUGUAAAAUAAGGAUGUCAGUUACCAAGACAACACUAGAAGUUCCAUUGACUUUGACUCAACCAGGAUUUGGCUCAGAAAAGUCUUAUUUAUCUUGACAAAGUGCCGGGUUACCAUGGUGUUGCCAUGGGUUGACUCAUCCAAGGUUCUAAUGGUGAUAAAAAACCUUAGAGGCUUUCAUUUAUGACACCAACUUAAAUAUUUAUUACAAUUCAGGGAGAGCCUUCAUUUGGAAUUUACAUAUGGGACGACAACAACAUUUUUGAUUUUUACCUUUAUUUAAACAAGGCAAGUCAGUUAAGAACAAAUUCUUAUUUUCAAUGAUGGCCUAGGAACAGUGCCUUGUUCAGGGGUAGAACAACAGAUUUUUACCUUGUCAGCUCUGGGAUUUGAUCUUUCAACCUUUCGGUUAUUAGUCCAAAGCUCUAACCACUAGGCUACCUGCCGCCCCAACAUAUGGGAAGACGACAACAUAUGGGAUGGCAACAUAUUUGGACGACAACAUAUGGGAUGACAACAUAUGGGAUGACAACAUAUGGAACAACAAAGUAUCAUAUUUGUAUGUUAUUGCAAGACAGUUUUCCGUGAUAACAUCGGGUGUGUAUGAUAGCCAUCAAGAAUAAGCACAAGUAGUGAUUGUCAUGACAAUGGUCUCAGAGGCCAUAUAAAUGGAGAUGUUGACGUACUCUGUCUUACUAAACGGAAGGGAAAUCCUAGAAGUGUAUAUAGUCUGAACUACAAAACAGUAAUAACAGGGUUUACAUCCCACCUUCUCACUUUAAGUAGUACAAAACCAAGUGUGUAUAAGUAGAGCAAUACUGACAAUCUGUUGUUGAGAAACCCCGUGUCAAUGUCUAGUUGUACCAGUUGUGGGGAUUGUGGUCACUGUGCAGUAGUUCUAUUUCAUGUUGACUAGCGUUAGCCAUAGUCUUAGUUCCCCUCAAGAUGACCUUGAACAGAUACAGUUGAAGUCAGACGUUUACAUACACUUAGGUUGGAGUCAUUAAAACUCAUUUUUCAACCACUCCACAAAUUUCCUGUUAACAAACUAUUGUUUUGGCAAGUUGGGUAGGACAUCUACUUUGUGCAUGACACAAGUAAUUUUUACAACAAUUGUUUAAAGUCAGAUUACUUCACUGUAUCACAAUUCCAGUGGGUCAGAAGUUUACAUA